AUGGAGCGGGAGCGAGUGCUGGCAGCUGCUAGGGAGAAGUACAGAAACAAGAAGGAUAUCAUCUGGGGAGGCUGUAAACUGUCUUUCUUCCCUGACACGACGAAGGAGACGGCGCAGAAGAGAAGAAAGUUCAACGAACGUCACUUCAGCUCACUCCACCCUAACAUCGAACAGGAAUUUCCAAAAGGGACUGAACUUCGCAAGAACAAGUUGGUCGCUUUGAAAAGCCAGGCAGAAAAGCAGGUGCAGUUUUUCCAAAAAUUUAUGAAACACUCGGAGACCGUAACGCUUGCAUCAUAUCAGCUGGCUUGGAACAUAGCACGGGCUAAAAAGCCAUACAACGAAGGGGACUUCAUUAAAAAAUGCCUCAUUGACGCCUUUGAAAUCUUGGCUCCUGGAGACGACAAACUAAAACGGAGCGUAUCAGACGUUCAACUGUCCCGCCACAGUGUUAAACGCAGAAUAUCGGAUAUUAAUACAGCUGUUGAAUCACAGUUGCACUCUGACCUUCAAGCAUGUGAGUAUUUUAGUGUGGCAUUGGAUGAGAGUUGUGACAUACAAGACAAGCCUCAGUUGGCAAUAUUUGCACGGUCUGUGUCAAAUGAAUGUAUGAUCAAAGAAGAACUCCUUGAUAUUGUGACAUUAAAAGACAGAACCCGUGGCAUAGAUGUGAAAGAAGCAAUGAUGGCUGCGUUUGCAAAAGCAAAUCUGCCCAUACCGAAACUAACUGCAAUAGCCACGGAUGGAGCGCCAGCCAUGAUCGGAUCCGUGAACGGGCUUGUGGGUCUGUGCAAAGCUGAUCAAACAUUUCCCGACUUUUGGAAUUUCCACUGCAUCAUCCACAGGGAGCAACUCGUGUCUAAAUCAUUGAAUUUAAACAACGCCAUGAAGCCUGUGAUGGAAAUCGUCAACUACAUCCGCACACAUGCGCUUAACCACAGGCAAUUCAGGAAUCUCAUCGCUGAGCUGGACCAAGGGCUUCCAGGUGACCUGCCGCUGCACUGCACUGUGAGGUGGCUGUCAAAAAGCAAGGUAUUCUCUCGCUUCUUUGAGCUUUUGGAUGCUGUGAAACUGUUCAUGGAAGAGAAGGACAAGGACUAUCCCGAGCUCUCAGACCUCGAGUGGAUUAUGGAUCUGGCAUUUUCAGUUGACAUGCUGUGUCACUUGGACAGACUGAACCUGACCCUGCAGGCCAGUGAGCAAGUCACCAGCGCCGCCCUGAAAAAGAAAAGAGACAGAUAUGCAACACUGGUUGCAAACCUGCACGAAAGCUUUGUGACCCGGUUCUGUGAUCUACAACUGAAAAGACCACAGAUUACGUUCCUCGUCAACCCAUUUAAUGCGGAGACAGACUGUUUGAAAGCCCCGCUCGUCACAGAUGAGGCUGCGGCUGAGUUGGAGAUGAUCGACCUUUGUGAGGAGGAUCAACUGAAAGCUGUUUUAAGGGAAGGGACCGUUGAGUUCUGGAAAAGUGUGCCAAUUGAAAAAUACCCCAACAUCAAACGAGCUGCGCUUAAGAUACUGUCCAUGUUUGGGUCAACGUACGUCUGCGAGUCUGUGUUUUCUACCCUGAAACAUGUGAAAUCAAAGCAUCGAUCUGUUCUGUCUGACACUCAUUUGAAAGAAUUGCUUAGAGUGGCAACAACAGAAUACAAGCCAGAUUUGAAGAGGAUUGUUCAAGAUAAGGAAUGCCAGAAGUCUCACUAA